AUGGAAAAUGACGGGAGGAGGUGGAGUACUUUGAUUUCUCGCAAUUAUCCAAAACCAGGAGGGUUGAAAGCUGCGGCGAUCAAGAAAGAGAGAGAUGGUGGAGGGUUGGGAGGUGGUAAACGUGUGAAGGUACCCAGUUCUGGUAGAAAAAAGGUGAAAAAUAGUGGGGAUGAUAACGUUGAUGUUAUGGAGUUGUUAGCUAUGGGCGAGGGUGUGGAAUUUGGGGGGAUGAAGAAGAACAACCAGUCAUCAUCUGAUGAUGAAGAUGAGUAUGAGGAAACAAAUCGAGUGGAGAGAAAUUCGAAAGGGGUGGAAGUAACAAUCGCGUUCCCUUCACAGAAGAAAAAGGAGAAAAAAUCGUGUGACGUAGAGGCAGCCCUGAAAAGAAGGUUCAACCUUGUCAAAAAAGAGAACCAAGUUUUCGCACAUAAGGUACACCUUCUAUGUUGGAUAGCUCAUGGGAACUACUUAAACUCUGUUCUAAAUUGUGAGGAUUUGAUGGGGGUUGCCCUAUCUAUCAUCCCUUCCAACUACUGUUACCCUCCUAAAAGGUGUGACUUAACCUACCUCGAGAAUUUCGUGAAAUGGUUCAGGGAGAAGGUAAAGAUUGACCCAGUUCUGGGGAAAGACAAGUUGAGACCUGACAAAAUCGUGACAAGUCAGAGCUUACAGGUGCAGUUCAAUAAAAAGAUGGCGGAUUCGAGGCUCGAUCAGCUGAUGCUUUUCAUUGCUACACUUCGUGCGUUAGGCUUGAUGGUGAGGCUCGUUAUUAACCUGAGACCUGUGCCGCUGAAACCGCCGGUCAAGGAGUUGUUCACAUUUAAGAGUCCACAGGAACCGGUGAUUAGCUCGAGAGGUAGUGGUGGGGGAAAAUCUAACAAGAAGGAUGCUGAUUCGAAAAGUGGUGGGGGAAAAUCUAAACAGGAAGUUGAUAAGGUGAAGAGAGAGGGAGGAGAGGAUGGAAAAUCUAAGAAAGAUUCAGAUAAAUCGAAGAAAGAGGAGGGAGAAAAUAAGGUUAAGAAAGAGGUCAAUGUUGAGAAAAAGGGAGAAAAGGACGGAAAAUCUAAGAAAGAUACUGAUAAUUUGAAGAAAAAGAAAGAAGAAGAGGGAGAGAAUAAGGUGAAGAAAGAGGUCAAAGAGGAGGAAGAAGAAAACGAGGAAGAGGAGGAGGAGGGUCUAACAAGUGGAAAGAAAGUCACAGAGAAAGACAAUAUAGGCUUAAAAAAUGAUAAUCUAAGAAGGAUGGCUGGCAAAGAUAUUGUUACACCAAAACCUAAAAACUUUCCUGAUGAAGAUGUUGGUGAGAAGAAGGGUAGAGGAAGAAGUGUGUUGAAGAAAGAUGAUGAUAAUACACCAACAAGUAAAGAGGUGCCCGAUGAAAAGAAAGAUGGAGGAAGCAGUGUGUCGAAGAAAACAGGUGAUAAAAAUGUUGGGAGGGGAUCAAGGAGUAAAUCGUUGGCUAGUAAGAAUGUGGGAGAUAAAGUUGAAGAAGGAAGGAGUGGGAAGGAGAAGAAAACUAUAAAGGGAGGUAAAUUGGAGGAGAAAGUAGAAGAAGAGAAGGAGAAGAAAGCUACUAAAAAGGGAGAUAAAGUAAAGGAGAAAGUAGAAGAAGAGGUGGAAAAGGAGAAGAAAAUCGGUAAGAAAUCGGUGGGAGGUACAUCGAAGUAUUUCGAAAACAAAGAGGAACCGAAGACGAAUGGACUCAAAGAGGAAGAAAGAGGUAGAGGAAAACGACAAUCCAAGAAACUGGUGGAGGAUUUGAAGGAAUCUAGCGACGAAGAUGAGGAGGAGAGAAAGAAGAACAAGAGGAGGAGUUCAGUGGGAGGAAAGAAGAAGAAAAAUGAGAAAAAGAAUGAAAGUGAUGAAGAAUUCGAGAUGGAGUCGUCUUAUUUUAAAAGUAAAAGCAGUAAGAUAGAUCGUAGGGUUUUGUCCAGUGACGAUGAGGCGAAGAAUGAGGCGAAUAAGAAAAUGAGGAAGAAAAACGCGACAGAUGAGUGGGCUGAGGUGUUUUUGGAGGCUGAGGAGAAGUGGAUCUGUGUGGACCUCACCAAGGGCAUGAUUCACUGUGUUCAGCAGUUAUAUUCGUCAGCUAGUCAACCAGUAACCCAUGUGGGCUGGGAGAACGGCCGGUUCGUCAAGGACGUGACCCGGAGGUAUGUGCCGCACUUCAUGACGGUGACUCGCAAACAGCGCGGCGGGGUGGAUGGUGAGGAGUGGUGGCGGGAAGCCCUCCGUCCGUUUGCCCCUCCCCGGAACGCGCGCAAUCGUGAGGAGGAUGAGGAUCUGGACAGACAGAUGGAGGACCAACCGCUGCCUACUUCUAUUCUGAAUCCUCAUCCUCCUCACGAUUGCGCGCGUUCCGGGGAGGGGCAAACGGACGGAGGCUUCCCGCCACCACUCCUCACCAUCCACCCCGCCGCGCUGUUUGCGAGUCACCGUCAUGAAGUGCGGCACAUACCUCCGGGUCACGUCCUUGACGAACCGGCCGUUCUCCCAGCCCACACAUGGGUACAAGAACACCCACUCUAUGCCCUGCAACGGCACCUGUUGAAGUUCCAGGCGAUCUACCCGCCUGAUGCGCCGACCCUCGGCUUCAUUCGCAACGAGCCGGUCUACUCGCGAGCGUGUGUGGCCGAGCUGCACUGUCGCGAGUCCUGGAUCAAGUUCGCCAAGGUGGUGCGAGCCGGCGAGGAGCCUUACAAGGUGGUCAAGGCCAGGCCCAAGUUUGACAAGAAGGUACAAUUCGAUCUGCAAAUGAGAAAAUGCGAUGAAAAUGAUGACAGUGAAUUUAGGAGCGAUCUACCGCUGCCUCUAUUUGGCCCCUGGCAAGUGGACGACUAUGUACCACCACCUGCAAAAGACGGCAAGGUGCCUCGUAACGAGUAUGGCAACGUUGAACUGUUUCAACCCAGCAUGCUUCCUGCCGGGACUGUACACCUCAAAUGUUGCCCGGUCGAACCGAGUGGCGAGGAAGUUGCAGAUAGACUGCGCCCAGGCAGUGGUGGGGGGGACUUCCAUGGAGGCUCCAGUCACGUGGUAAUGGACGGGUUUGUCGUCUGCGAGGAGUUCGAGGAGACGCUGACCGAAGCUUGGCAUCAG